UGGGGCAGUAAAAGAGGCAAGCAGUGAGAUUGAGAAGGUGUAACCUGUAGAUGUUCGCUGUCUGAGAAGAGCUACCGCCAAAGUGUUUAACAAAUCCAGACCUCAAGAGUGGAUACACACUGCAAACAAUCAUGGCACUGGACGGAUGCAGCCUCGUCUGCAAAUACAUCCUCAUCCUUUUCAACAUCUUCUUUGCGCUGGUGGGGUUGGCCUUUCUGGGUCUCGGUCUGUGGCUGAGGUUCAGCGACAGCACCAGAGGCAUCUUCGAAAUAGAGGCCCUCAACUCAAGUGCAUUUGUUAUAGCUGUAACUGUACUGAUUGCGCUCGGCUCAGUGAUGCUGAUUGUGGUGGUGUUUGGAGACUACGGGGCCUGCAAUGAGAAAAGAUGUGCUCUGCAAGUGUUCUCUGCCCUGGUGACCAUUCUGGCGAUAGCUGAUGUUGUUAUUGCAGUGGCUGCUUAUUCCAGGACAUUUGAGAUUGGAUUGAGGAUGGUGGAGUUCUACAGUAGCAUUUAUACUCUGUAUUUGACCACGAGAGACCCAGUCAUCGCUGUCACGCUCACAUUCAUCCACGAGAUGCUUCACUGCUGUGGGGUGACCGGGGUCCCGGUGCUUGAGUAUGUUGUAAACACCUGUCCCAAACCAAAUGGGAUAUGGGAGUACAUCAAGAUGGAUGUCUGUCCCGCGGUCAUCAUAGAUGUCUUUAACAGUAAAGCACCACUGGUCAUGGGCUUCUUUGUUGGAACUGGAGCUCUUUUGAUCAUAGCUUUGAUUUGCAGCAUCACCAUCAGUAAAAAGAUCCAGUCAUCUCCUCAGUACAUGAUCCUGACUCUACCAGUCACUUCAGUCCCGCCUAACCCUCAAUCAUCUCAGCAUGAAUUUGUCUCCACCUACCUCUACCCUGACCAAGACCCCAUCGUCUUCACUCCUCUCUCUAUGACCAACAUCCCUCUGGCUACACCUUAGUUUCACUCUCGCCGGCUUGAUCACUCUGGCAUAUAGAAUACACGUUGGUGUUUUUAUCCAUUCUCUUCCCCUCUGAACAUUCUCAGCUCUUCUGUGCAUGCUCACCGCAGGGUGUUCAGCUCCUUUAAAAAAGACAAAUUCAAAAUGAAAGACCGUUGACACAAUUAUACCGGCACUUUCUCUGUUGGAACUGUUGGAUGGAUUCUUUCCCCUCAGAUUAUUGGCCAAAUGCUGAUAUUCCAAGCACUGCUACAGUGGGGAUUGACACACAUUUAAGUAAAAGAGCAAUGGCUUCUCUUGCAUUUUAAGAAAUUCUAUAGUUAUGGCGUAUAAAAAUGAUUGUAAAACACUAAAACUACAUAAUAUAAAUCACCUCCUCCCCCCCAUAAAAUGGAAAUUAGUUUUUUGCUGUCCCACCAUUGAAGGAAGCUGCUGCUGGGACUCUCUUUUGCAGAGAUAUAUCCUCUCAAAUCUCAUUUGUAAUCUGUAUAUCUACAGUUCAAGAAUACAUAUCCAGGGUUGGAUUAUUUUUCUUAAGUGUCUACUUAUUCCUCAUGGCAAAUGUUGCCUUCCACACAAGCUUCUCUUUGUGUGGCUGAAUGCAAAGUGCUAGCAUGAGCUGGUAUAUCUCUCUCUCACUCUCUCACUCACUCUCUCUCAAACUCAUUCUGUGGCUGGUUUAAUUCUGGGAGGUGAUGAGUAGGAAGCAGGUUUUUCACUGCUCGCUGUUCCAUCUCUGCUCUUUACUUCCCUCCUCCUUCUGCAUGACAGAUUACUGCCCUGGUCUGCAGCACUAUCCUCCUGAAACAGACCAAGAGAGACCAGCAGGCGGGCACUGCGUACUAUUCCAAUGUGUACUAACGAGAAGAUUCCGUUUUCAACCCUGACCCUCAUGGAUGGAGAUCCAUCGCUGGACUUAAAGUUAAACCAGCAAAAAAACAAAAAGUUUACAGAUCGCACUAGUUUUGGAACUGAACUACAAUUUAAAUUUGUUUUAAUAAUUUGACCCAUUGUGAGCAGAAACACAAAUACCUGCUUUGUUCAGAGCUAAUGACAAUGAAUAUUUUACGAUUUUAUUAUUCAUCUAGCUAGAAACUGUCACAGCUUGACAGCAAGUGUGUUCCAGCCUGACAGGCCUCUACAUCAUUGUGGGCGUACGAUAAGUAAUCUGACACAUCUGUUUAAUAAACUGAGGAAGAGAAGGGAAGACUUUGUUUGAAUUAAACUUCCAAACGUCCGUUAGUUUUUUUUCUUAAAGUUUUGUGCUUUAGUCUGUCGAUUUAUGUGGAAGAGUUAAAUACACUGAGCCACUGGGAAAUACCACUGUUUGAAUUAAUCAUUUAUACAAUUUAAACACUGUUUAAUGCGCGCGCCAAUGGCAGUAAUGUAUGUGCGUGUUACAUUGAGUAAUGUUACAUUGGUAAACAAGUGAUUUAUCCUUUGCCAUAGUUUUUCAAAAAUUGUAUUCCAUUUAAUGUUUUCUAUCCAUGAUUGUUCAGAGGGCCGCAGGACUGGGAAUAAAGUCAUGGGCCUUCUAGAGUGUGACAGAAAUGUUGCUCAGUCAUCAGCUCCUGUAAGAGGCGGUUAACUGACUGAACAGUUCAAGUGGCUUCAGAGCUUCUGUAAAUGCUGCUUUGACACAGAGGAAACACUUUGCCAUCAUCGCACAUUCGUUAAACUUUUUCAUUCCCUCAUGUUCCCGCUUCUGUGACCAAACAAAAAUGCAUUAAGUGUUCGGUUUAGAAUGAAAACUGUUUAGCUUCUUUUCUUUCACGAAUGUUCUCAAGUUUUUAAAUAAAUAUUACCGCCACCAUAUCA